GCUCCGGGCGGGCGCCGAGAGCGGCCGGAGUUUCCGCGCCCGGGAGGGAGAUGCGGCCGCCGCUCGGGCUCCUUGCAGAUUUCUAACCAGCAUAAUGCUGGAGCGAGAGGCUGGCCGCCGGCAGUUUGCACAAUGGCCGAGCUGGACGCGGAUUUGGACCACAUCCUUCCAUCUUCGGUUCUUCCGCCUUUCUGGGCUAAGUUAGUGGUGGGAUUUGUUUCCCUCGUGUGUUUCGCACGUAGCUACGAUGGAGAUUUUGUCUUUGAUGAUUCAGAAGCUAUUGUUAACAAUAAGGACCUCCGGGCCGAGACGCCCCUCGGGGACCUGUGGCAUCAUGACUUCUGGGGCAGCAGGCUGAGCAGCAACACCAGCCACAAGUCCUACCGUCCCCUGACCGUCCUGACUUUCAGGAUCAACUACUAUCUGUCUGGAGGCUUCCACCCCAUGAGUUUCCACGUGACCAACAUCCUCCUGCACGGGGGCAUCUCCGUCCUCAUGCUGGACGUCUUCUCCGUGCUGCUCGGCGGCCUGCAGUACACCAGUAGAGGCCGGCGGUUGAACCUGGCCCCCAGGUCGUCCCUGCUGGCUGCUCUGCUCUUCGCCACGCAUCCAGUGCACACGGAGUGUGUUGCUGGUGUUGUCGGCCGUGCAGACCUCCUGGGGGCCCUGUUCUUUCUGUUAUCUUUCCUGGGCUACUGUAAAGCGUUUAGAGAAACAGGUAACAAAGAGGGAACACAUUCUACAUUCUGGGUGCUGCUGAGUAUCCUUCUGGGCGCCGUAGCCAUGCUGUGCAAAGAGCAAGGGAUCACCGUGCUAGGUUUGAAUGCCAUCUUUGACAUCUUGGUGAUAGGCAAAUUAAAUGUUCUGGAAAUGGUCCAGAAGGUACUACAUAAAGACAAAUCAUUAGAGAACAUUCGCAUGCUCAGGAACGGGGGCCUCCUCUUCAGAAUGACCCUUUUGGCCUUGGGGGGCGCAGGGGUGCUCUACGUGCGCUGGAAAAUCAUGGGCACCGGCCCGCCCGCCUUCACCGAGGUGGACAACCCCGCCUCCUUCGCGGACAGCGUGUUGGUCAGGGCCAUAAACUAUAACUACUACUAUUCCCUGCACGCCUGGCUGCUGCUGUGCCCGUGGUGGCUCUGUUUUGAUUGGUCGAUGGGCUGCAUCCCCCUCAUUAAGUCGGCCGGCGACUGGCGGGUAACCGCGCCAGCAGCUCUCUGGUUGGGCCUAAUUGGCCUCAUAUGCCGAGCCCUGUGCUCUGCAGACAGGCACAGAAGAAGGAUCCUUACGCUGAGCCUGGGAUUUCUCAUUAUUCCAUUUCUUCCUGCAAGUAACUUGUUCUUCCGAGUGGGCUUUGUGGUUGCAGAGCGAGUCCUCUACCUCCCCAGUGCCGGGUACUGCAUGCUGCUGACUUUUGGAUUCGGAGCUCUCAGCAAACACACUAAGAAAAAGAAAUGGAUUGCUGCUGUCAUCCUGGGAAUUUUAUUCAUAAACGUGCUGAGGUGCGUGAUUCGCAGUGGCGAGUGGCGGAAUGAAGAACAGCUCUUCAGAAGUGCCCUGUCCGUGUGUCCGCUCAAUGCCAAGGUUCACUACAACGUUGGCAAGAACCUGGCCGACAGAGGCAAUCAGACAGCCGCCAUCAGAUACUACCGGGAAGCCGUGAGACUAAAUCCCAAGUACGUUCAUGCCAUGAAUAAUCUGGGGAACAUCUUAAAGGAGAGGAACGAGCUGCGGGAAGCGGAAGAGCUGCUGUCCUUAGCCGUGCAGAUACAGCCGGACUUCGCGGCCGCGUGGAUGAAUUUAGGGAUCGUUCAGAACAGCCUGAAACGCUUCGAAGCCGCCGAGCAGAGUUACCGGACGGCGAUCAAACACAGGAGGAAGUACCCAGAUUGUUACUACAACCUCGGGCGGCUGUAUGCAGAUCUCAACCGCCACGUGGAUGCCCUGAACGCGUGGAGGAACGCGACUGUGCUGAAGCCGGAGCACAGUCUGGCUUGGAACAACAUGAUCAUACUGCUCGACAACACAGGUAAUCUAGCCCAAGCCGAAGCAGUUGGAAGAGAGGCCCUGGAAUUAAUACCUAAUGAUCAUUCUCUGAUGUUCUCGUUGGCAAACGUGCUGGGCAAGUCCCAGAAAUACAAGGAAUCUGAAGCUUUAUUCCUCAAAGCAAUUAAAGCUCAUCCAAAUGCUGCAAGUUACCAUGGCAAUUUGGCUGUGCUCUAUCAUCGUUGGGGACAUCUCGACCUGGCCAAAAAGCACUACGAAAUCUCUCUGCAGCUUGACCCCACUGCAUCAGGAACCAAGGAGAAUUACGGUCUGUUAAGAAGAAAGCUGGAACAAAUGCAGAAGAAAGACGUCUGAGCCUCUCGUCUGCAUUUUUUGUUGGUUUGCGUGCAUGAAGCCUAUCGUUAAUGUUACGUGGUUAUGUUUAACCAUUUAAAAGUCUUACAUGUUGUUUAUUUUAUUCUGUUUUUUUUUUCUGUGAAAACAAAGACAUGCAAAAAGAUUACAGCACCAGCAAUAUACUCUCGAAAGCUCGAUGUGGUUUUUGCAUUGAAAUUGUAUUUUUUCAGACGACUCCAAUGUAAAUUCUCAAAUUCCAAGAGUGAAAUCUUUUUUAAUUAAAAAGAAAAAAGGAAAAAAAAUUACCUGGAGCGACGUGCAGUAGAAUGAAACCUGCACGGGGGUGUGAGCCGUGUUGUAUAGAGACUAGCGCUAUUACAGGUCAGUCGUGAGCAAGGAAUGACAAACUGACUCCUACAAUUUAUAUAAAUAUUGACUGUGUCUGUAUAUUUGAAUUUUUAUUUAAUGACAAGAAAGAGUAA